AUAAUAACAUAGAAAGAAGAAAUAGAGAAAUGGGUGCUUAUCUUCGUCCAUCAACAGCACUUUUGGGGGCAUUUCUGUUGCCAUUUAUGAUCUUUUGUCUCUAUAUUGAGCCUGUACUUGGAGUCACCAGGCACUACAAGUUUGAUAUCAAGCUGCAGAAUGUUUCCCGUCUGUGCCACACGAAGAGCAUUGUGUCAGUAAACGGACAGUUUCCGGGGCCUCGCAUUGCAGCAAGGGAGGGUGAUCAGCUUCUGAUAAAAGUUGUGAACCAUGUGCCAAACAGUAUCUCUAUUCAUUGGCAUGGCAUUCGACAAUUUCGUUCCGGAUGGGCUGAUGGACGGGCAUAUGUGACUCAGUGUCCUAUACAAACUGGCCAGAGCUAUGUGUAUAACUUCACCAUUGUAGGCCAAAGGGGCACUCUCUUUUGGCAUGCUCAUAUAUCAUGGUUGAGAGCAACUGUAUAUGGUCCACUGAUCAUUCUUCCUAAGCUUGGGGUGACCUACCCUUUUGCCAAGCCCUACAAGGAAGUUCCCAUCAUCUUUGGGGAGUGGUUCAAUACCGAUCCUGAGGCCAUUAUUGGCCAGGCCCUCCAGACAGCUGGAGGCCCAAAUGUGUCUGAUGCUUUCACCAUAAAUGGACUUCCAGGACCGUUGUAUAACUGCUCUGCCAAAGAUACGUUCAAGUUGAAGGUAAAGCCUGGCAAGACAUACCUUCUGCGACUAAUCAAUGCAGCUCUCAACGAUGAGCUCUUCUUCAGCAUAGCUAACCAUACCCUUGCGGUGGUUGAAGCUGAUGCUGUUUAUGUCAAACCUUUUGACACCGAAACAAUCCUCAUCGCCCCUGGCCAAACCACAAAUGUGCUUCUUAAGACCAAACCAAGAUAUCCAAAUGCCUCAUUUUUCAUGACUGCUAGACCAUACGUGACAGGGCAAGGCACCUUUGAUAAUUCAACAGUUGCUGGCAUUUUGGAAUAUGAAUUACCACCCAAUGGCUCACAUUCAAGCAUCUCAAUGAAGAAACUUCUCUUUAAACCAAUUUUACCUGCUCUAAAUGACACUUCCUUUGCUACAAAUUUCGCAAGUAAACUCCGCAGUUUAGCUAGUGCACAGUUCCCUGCCAAUGUACCCCAAGAGGUUGAUAAGAAGUUUUUCUUUACAGUUGGUCUUGGAACUAGCCCAUGUCAUCAGAACCAAACCUGCCAGGGACCUAAUGGAACCAUGUUUGCAGCUUCAGUCAAUAAUGUUUCUUUUGCAAUGCCAACUACAGCAAUGCUCCAAGCCCAUUUCUUUGGCCAAUCAAACAAUGUUUACACAACUGAUUUUCCCAAUGAUCCAAUAAUUCCAUUUAAUUACACAGGCACUCCACCUAAUAACACUAUGGUGAGCAAUGGAACGAAACUAGUAGUGCUUCCUUUUAACACUAGCGUAGAGCUAAUCAUGCAAGACACAAGCAUACUUGGAGCUGAAAGCCACCCUCUUCACUUGCAUGGCUUCAAUUUCUUUGUUGUUGGCAAAGGUUUUGGGAAUUUUGAUCCAAAAAAGGACCCUAAAAACUUCAACCUCGUUGACCCUAUUGAAAGGAACACUGUUGGUGUGCCAUCAGGAGGUUGGGUUGCAAUUCGUUUUCUGGCAGACAAUCCAGGGGUAUGGUUCAUGCAUUGCCACCUGGAGGUGCACACAAGCUGGGGUUUGAAGAUGGCUUGGAUUGUCUUGGAUGGAAAGCUGCCUAACCAAAAGCUGCUUCCUCCAGCAGAUCUUCCAAAGUGUUGA